AUGACUACGAGUAAGCGUGUCCAAGACAGGAGCAGCAAAAAGAGAGUGCACGAUCUGGAGAUAGUGACAGAGAAGUGGAAAAUAGUGUCGAAGGUGAUGGCAGUUAUGGAAGUCUUGAAGUGGGAGGUUGAUAUGGUAAUCGCUUUGAGAAAUCUUGAACAAUACAGGAACCGGAUCAAUCUACCUAAGCCCCAUAAAAUAUCUGUUUUUCUUUCGAAAUCUCCUAAGCUUUUUGAAUUAUAUAAGGAUCAAAGGGGAGUGUUAUGGUGUGGGAUGACGAAAGAAGCAGAGGAUUUACUGGAAGAACAGGAAAGGUUAAUUGAGGAGCAUUCUGAUAAAGCUGUGGAGUAUGUUAAUAGGUGUCUGAUGAUGUCUGUUGACAAACAGCUUCGGGUGGAUGAGAUUGCACAUUUCAGGAGAGAUUUUGGCUUGCCUAUGGGUUUUAGGACCAAAUGGGUGCAUAAAUAUCUCAAACUAUUCAGAGUUGUUAAAUCUGUAGAUGGAGAGGAGUAUUUGAAACUUGUAUCCUGGAAACCUGCUUGGGCAAUCAUAGAGUAAGAGAAGAAGAUAUUAGGGGCAACUGAAAUAAGUGUGCAUGAACCAGGAUUGCUUUCAUUGCCAUUUCUAUUGAAGUUUCCUCCUAAUUACAAGAAGCUGGUGUAUAAAUAUGGAGGGAAAAUUGACCACUUCCAGAAAAGGUUUUAUAUAUCACCAUAUGCAGAUGCUAGAGGAAUCACAGCUGGGUCCCUGGAAUUUGAUAAGAGGGCUGUUGCCAUUAUUCAUGAAUUGCUCAGUUUUACCAUUGAGAAGAGAUUGGUUACUGCUCAUCUUACCCACUUUCGAAGAGAAUUUGUGAUGCCACAAAAAUUGAUGAGACUUUUUUAGAAGCAUUUUGGGAUUUUCUAUGUGGGGAAGAGGUUUAGUGUGUUCUUGAAUGAAGCUUAUGAAGGCCAAGAGCUGAUUGAGAAAGGCCCUUUGGUUGUUUGGAAGGAAGAGCUCCUGAGCCUUGUUGGUUACAGAGGAAAGAAAAAGAAGAUUGAAAAUUUCAGUGAUUUAUCAGACAUGGAGUAUGCCAAUUUAUACAAUGAUUCUGAGAAAGAAUGCAUGAGCAUGCAAUUGGAGUGUGAGGAGACAAUGGGUGAUAUAGAGGAUGCUUUACUUGUGGACAGUGAUGAGAUGGAGGUUGGAGAGCUUGGUAGUGCAUACAAGGAUAGUGAUACAUCUUGAGGUAAGGAACUUUGUCUUUCUAGUUUGUUGAUGGUCCUCCAUAAGCUUCAUCCUUUUAUUUUAGUUGGUGAAUGCAAUUAGACUACGUUGGUCCCAUUAGAUAGAUGCUUAGAACUUUUUUUUACGCACACACUUGAUUCUAUCUUUUUGUGCUAAUUACUUUAUGAUUGUAACUGUGAGCUGAUAUGCAUGCAGAUCCAGUAAUCGAGAAACUACAUGCAUUGUAUCAUUGAUCACUAAUCAUGUAAAUGAUUUUUUUAGUUUAGAAAGACAUAACAGGCAUUUUAUGUAAUAAAUAUAUAACAAUUAGAGGCAAUUUGGCCCUUUGAAAUGUCUUACCACUGGAUGACUAAAGACCUACUGCUAGAAAACAAAGUCUAGCGUACUUGUUGUGAACUUUCUGUAACUAUUUUAUCCAUUGAAGUUGAAAUUGUAUAAACCAUAGUUACCAGAUU